AUGAGCGGAGACGGCGGUGGCGACAGGGCCGGCGCGCACAAAGAUAUCAAGUAUGCAGCGAUGCCAAAGAGUCUAGAACUCGUACUCGCGACCAACGAAUCUCUGACAAUCGAGCUGGACCCACUUCCAGAUGCGGAAGAAUUGGACGUGGUGAUGGAUGUGCUCGUGGAGGAGAAGCCACCUGCCUACUUUUGGACGGCACUGGCAUCUCGCUGCUGGAAUGCAGGGCGGCGCGCUGAGGCGGAGCAGAUCAUAUCCCGCGGGUGCUCUAUCUUACCUGUGCAUCGGCCACAAGAAUGUGCGUCGCUCUUUGCUUUACGUGCCGCGUUUCUCUUGGCUGAAGCACGUACAGCGCCCAAGCAGGUACUAGACGAUGCUCGAUACCAGCCACUAGGAGAACGCAGUCCCAAGCAACACUAUUUCCAGCAAGUGCACGACAAUUGGCAACGCGUGCAAUCACUUACGUCGCCGGCUGAGCAGCAGUCGUCACGCGUCCUGCUCCAGGUGCGUGCAGUCACGGCGCUGAUGUGCGGUGACAAUGCGCUCGCAGCGAAGCUCUUUGAUGCCCUACUUGCACGUACCCCGUCCGAUGUGGUUGCUUUGCUGGGACGUGCUUGCGUUCUGCUUCGUGCACGCCAAUACCACCCAGCGCUUCACACAUACCAACACGCGCUCCGUGUCAUGCUUCGCAUGGACCAAGCCGCCGAAGCUCAACAGGAACCGUCAAUCGCUUGGCACGGCGCGGAUCCGCGCAUCGGCAUUGGGCUCUGCCUCUGGUUCCUGGGACAUUACGAGGCGGCGCGCCGAGCAUGGCGCCGCGCCGCCGCGUACAGGCCGACGUCGGCACCACCCCACUUGCUCCUGGGCCUCACCCUCAUCAAUGCGGCCAAGUAUCCGGGCCCUUUACCUGCAGGUAUGUAUGGCGCACAUACGCAGCGGCCCGAAGACGAGGCUCGUCGAGCAGCCUACGCUGACGGCCUCAUGCAUAUCCAGCAGGCGUGGCAGCGAGACAAGACGUGCGCGAUGGCCGCCGUCGUGCUUGCAUCGCACCUCACGUCACAGGCGUUGCAUGCAUGGGCGCCAUUAUGGCCCGCGGCGCAUGACAUGACGACACCAGCCGCUUCGAUAGCGUCAUCGUCGUCAUCAGCAAACUCGCUUGAAGCUGUGUCCACAGCACUCGCUCGUGCGCUCAAGCUCGGCGAACAUGCGGUGCAGUAUGCAGACUCACGAUCUAUUGUUAUGCAUGCAUGGCUACAGUAUGCGUAUGCGUUGCAUGUAGCGACGCACCUGCCGCAGAACGCAUCAGAUCAUACGGUGCGUGUACUAGCCCUGCGUUACUAUGGACGUGUCUUGGAGGCGCAGGGCCGCACGCAGCCUAUGUCGACGGCAUCAUCCGCUCUGGCGGCAGCCGCGGGUCCCAUGGCUGCGGGAACAGCCGGCACGACGUCUGCGUCGUCCGACACGUCUGGGUAUCGACAUCCACUCGCACAUGGAAUAGCCCUUGCUUCGCUGGGCCAUGCACAGCUGGAAGCGUCAACAGGUGAUGUGCAAGGUGCCAUGCGCACACUGGAUGCGGUGCUAUUGCGGCCCAGUGGCUCUGCUGCCUAUGCGACCGAGCUUGUGCUCAUGGCCGGCUUGCUCCUUGCGACGCCGGCUGCCGGCUCGACAGCGGCCACCGAUACAACAGCCCAAGCCGACCGCCGCCGCCGUGCGCGCGCGUUGCUGGACCGCACAAUACACACUGCCACAGAGGCACGCGCAUUGUUAUCGCCCAAGUCGCUGGUCGGCGAGGGCGGUGCCAUGGCGUCAGAGCGCUUGUCAUCGCUGACGCUCACAGCCCUGGCGCGCCUUGGCGAUGACCCGCGCGUUCGUGCAUGCCUUGCAUUCUUAUGGGCGCGUUCUGCACGCGAACGGGCCAUCUCCGAGUACGAAGCGGCUCGUGCAGCUUUGCCACCGAGCCAAGAGGGCUCGCCCCUGAUGUACGCGUUGGAACUGAAUAUGGGCGCUCUCAUGACAUACACGGCCGAUGCUGGCAUGUUGCGCCGUGGCCUUGUGCAUUUACAGCGAGCCUUGCAAGCGACAACAGGGAGCAGCAGCAACGACAACAACAGCGACAACGACAUGGUCCAAGCCAUCAAGGUGCUGGCCAACUACAAUAUGGGCCUUGCGCUCGAAAACCUCGGCGAUGCAACUCAGGCACGCGAUGCCUAUGCGGCAUUACUAGCGGCUCACCCCGAAUAUGUGGCGGCUCGCGUGCGGAUGGCCGUGCUGGCCGCGCAAGUGCCGCAAGACACCAUGAUCCCGUCCGACAUGCCUGGCGGCAUCGAGCGAUCGGCACGCGAUGUGGCCAACACCCGCUUCAAAGAAGCUCUCUCCAGUGAUCCAGGUGACCUGAGUGUGCGCGCCGAGUACAUGCGCUUCCUCGCAGGUGCAUACCCAGCGAAUCGGCACCCGGCUUGGGCCGCGCUCAAGGACUCGGCGGCACAGCUGUUCCUCGGUGCUGACGCUGGCAAAGCCGUGUUUGGCAGUGCCUCCGUGGCUCGGCGCGCAGCUGACGAAGCCAGGCACGACGCGUACAUCCUCGGCACUCUGGGAUGGGCGUACUACCAGUUGGGCGUGCAUGCCAUGCCCGGCCCGAAUCAGCGCGCGGAACGUGCCAAGUGCAUGCUGCGUGCGGCCGACCUGUUUGACAAGGCAUUGGCUGCCAAUCCACAGAAUGUGUUUGCCGCCCAGGGCCUAGCCAUUCUCGUGGCUGAUGAUGCUCUCGGCGAUCCACACGCUGCGCCCGAUGUCAUGGAGGCCCGGCGCAGGACAGCCGCCGAGGAUGCAGCCGCACUCCUCGGCAAGCUGCGCGAGGUACGGGACGACGCGAGUGUGUAUGUGUGCCAAGGCCAUGCUUUUAUGCUUUGUGGUGCGUGGGACCGGGCAGCACAUGUGUACGAACUUGCACUUACCCGGUACCGGUGUGAGCGGGAUCCGGCCGUGCUGCAGUACUCGGCACGCGCACUCUACGCACUCGGCCUGCAAGAUCGGGCCAUGGAGCAUAUCCAGCUAGCCAUGGCACAGCUCAGCACCGCCUGCGACGUGCUUGCGGAGCGCAGUGGUAUGGCUGGCGGCGAGGCAGACCUGGCAUACGCCUCAAGUUCAGCAGCCAUUGAAUGGAAGCAGGUCAUGUACAACCGCGCCGUCAUGUCACACAAAGCGCUCCAGAUGCUGUACGACAUGCCCGUCGAGCAGCGUACCUCGAAGGAUCUAAGCACGGCCAUCCAGUGGGUCGAGCAGGCCCAGCCUGUGCUGCAAGCACUCGUCGAUGCCGCUAAGCGCGAACAGCUUUUGUACAUCACCGACGAGAUCGUCGAGCAGCGUGUAAAGUACGCCGACAUGUCGCUGCUGAAGCAAGCCUCGCAGCAGCUCCAGGACACGCUUGCUUAUGAGCAGGCGCAACGCGACAAACUUGCUCAGCUCGACGAGAAACAGCGGGAGCGUGAAGCGCACCUUGCGCAGCUGCGCCGCGAGAAGGAAGAGGAGCACAGACGCAAGGCCGAGGCCAUCGCCGAGUCGCGUCGACGUGCUCGUGAAGAGGCAAGUCAAAUCGAGUAUGAUCGCGAGCCGUCGCCGGAGCCUCGCAAGCAGCGUGCAGCUCCUCGCAAGAAGAAGACGCCUGCACAGACGGAUGAUUUCGUCGCUCAAGAUGACGAACACCUCUUUGAAGAAAGCAGCGAUGACGACGACGAUCGAAACGAUCCGGGCGACAACGAUGAUGACGAUGACGAUAACGAUAACGAUAACGAUGGCCAUGACAAUGACGAUGACGAUGAGGACGUGGCAGCUGGCGAUCGCAAGGACAUGAACGUGGAUGCCAAUGCCGAUGCUCCAAGCUCCCACACAAGCCCACGUGCCGCGGACGACAUGGACCAAGACGACUCAGACGACGGUGCGGCAACAGCAUCUGCGCCAAACUCCAUGCGUGCACGACUCGAGGCUCUGGCGCGUGAGCGCAAGAAGCGGAACGAACCUGACUUGCAGCGACCAAAGAAACGCGCUAGCGACAAGGCCUCUCGCAAAGAGUCGAAAAAGGCCAAACUCGAUCAGACUUCUUCAUAG